CAACCCCCAAGCUAGAAGCUCUCCAAUCAAUUCAAGUCAUUGGCAGAGAAAGGAAGCUUGAAAGGCGCGAGCAAUUUACAAGCAAAUAUGCUCAUCCACUGCUCUAACGGAAAGGGUUUAGCGCGGGGUCGACCCAGAGGGGUCCCCACUACUGCCGGGUUCUGCCAGUGAGAGUCCAGUAUAACCAGAGAGAAAAGAAACUCUUGAUAGAGUUAUCCUAGCAGGAAAUACUUCUAAUCGGUCCAGAAUUCUUUUGGCCAGUACAUAAAGGCAGCCCGCGGAUAUAUACAAGAAGCUCUUCAACUGUCCCUUGGAGCUAUCGAGUGAUUCCAUUUCAAUUCAAUUAAAACCUCAUUUUACACGCUCCACUCUACAUCAUGGCCGUCUCGUCUUCUCAACUUCCCGCCUACAAGACCGCUUUCCUGAACUCGUGCCUCUCCGCACAGAUUCUCAAGCUCGGCAGUUUCACGCUCAAGUCCGGACGUCAAUCCCCAUACUUUUUCAAUGCCGGUCUUUUCCACCGCGCUGACCUUCUCCUGACCAUCAGCGAUGCGUACGCCCAGACCAUCGCCGCAGCCCGCUCAUCCGGAGAGUUGGGCGAAUUCGAUGUUCUCUUCGGCCCCGCAUACAAGGGCAUUCCUCUUGCUACUGCUACAGUCGGCCGUCUUGCCGAGGUUGACAGGGCCCAGUUCGGCUCUUUGAGCUACAGCUUCAACCGCAAGGAGGCCAAGACUCAUGGCGAGGGAGGCAACAUUGUUGGCGCCCCACUGAAAGGCAAGCGAGUCGUGGUGGUAGACGACGUAAUUACUGCUGGCACAGCUAUUCGGGAGGCCAUGGACAUUAUCGCCAAGGAGGGCGCAAUCCUCGUGGGCAUCAUCGUCGCUCUGGAUCGAAUGGAGCGGAUGCCCGACCCCAGAGGUGAGAAGGAAGGUCAGGAGCUCGAUGCGAAUGCUCCGAGAAUGAGUGCCAUUGGUCAGGUGCGCAAGGAGUAUGGUGUGCCAGUCAUGUCGAUUUUGACACUGGACGACAUCAUCGAGGGCCUGAAUGGCGUCGGCACGGACGAGGACGUGAAUCGCCUCGAGGAGUACCGCAGACGUUACCGGGCAAGCGAUUGAAUUAAUGAUACCAUGUGUGGGGGUGGAGCCCAAGGAGAGCGGAUACCAAAAUGAAGACCGACUUUGACAAUAAAAGGUGUGGAUAAUAACCAAGCGUUCUUAUCGCUCGUACGCCGAGUUACACCUGUAUCAAUAUAGGAUGCGUAAAUAUACCAAGAAAACUUUUUUGAGAUCUAGCAGCUUAGAUUAGACAUAAGGGACGAAUAUCUAACAUGAUUCGUCUCAACAACUCAAAUUGAAAUGACCAACGCCAAUGAAAUGAACUUCUACAAAGG